GGGGGAAAGCUGUUGAUGUGUUGGUGCUGCCUUGCAGGGGUGUACCAGCACGUGUCCGGGGAGCAGGUCGGAGGCCACGCGAUCCGGAUCCUGGGCUGGGGGGUUGAAAACGGGACCCCCUACUGGCUGGCUGCUAACUCCUGGAACACCGACUGGGGGGAUAACGGCUUCUUCAAAAUCCUCCGAGGAGAGGACCACUGCGGCAUCGAGUCCGAAAUCGUGGCCGGCAUCCCCCGGACGGAGCAAUACUGGAAGAGGGUGUAACUG